AUGCAUCGCUACCGACUGUCGACAAACAUGUCCAUGUACAUCUGUAUCGUGAUUCUUAUUUUAAUAUCGGUUGCGAUCGACGACGCGGAGGCCAGACGUGGACGCGCUAGGGGUCGUACGAAAUCUAGGAUGCAAAUUGGACUGCCAAUAACGGGCAAAUAUCGCGAUCCAGAAUCGGACCAGUAUUACAACAAUAAUAAUGGAGCAAAAAUAACACUGGCAUCACAUUUCGAUUAUGAAUACGUUCUGGGACACAAGAUCGCUUUCCUGUGUGUGGCUCGUGGAACGCCUCGACCGACAAUCACCUGGUUUAAGGACGGUGUGGAGAUCUUCAGCCAUCUGUAUCUUCACGUGCACGAAUGGUACAUCGGAAAGGAUAAGGUAAAGUCUAAGAUUGAGAUCGAUCCAGCCACGCAGAUGGAUGCCGGUGUGUACGAGUGUACCGCCGACAACAUGUACUCGAUCGAUCGAAGGAGUUUUAAGACCGAUUUCUCGAUCGCUUUUGAUUAG